CUCUCCUUAUCCCUCAAAUUCACUUCCAAAGCCUCUCUCAUCUCCUCUUCUACUUGUCUCUCUCCCUCUCUGCUUCCCUGUUUCCACGUAACAAGAAAAUCUUACAAGAAACUUCUUCCAAAACUCUUAAGCCAUGGCAACUGUUGUAUAUCAAGGGUAUCAAUCUCAUUUUGAGUCACAACACUUUGAGCCAAGAACUCUAAGACUCAGACUCUCUUCUCCUAACAAUCAUCACUCAUCCACACCUCUCAAACCCCAUUUACUUGACUCAUCCAUCACUCCACAAGACAUCAUUUCUACCACUAAUGCAGCUUCCUUGCCCUCGCCAGCUCCUAAACCGAGCUCUAACUUGGAAAGUUGGCUCGAGACCAUCUCGAACUCGAGCUCUGAUGAAAAAGACAAGAAGACACUACUUCCCUACGUUCAUUCUCCAUCUUCUCGUAGAACUCUCAGCGAUGAGAGCUUAGCAUUGUGCACUGAAAGCCUCGGUAGCGAGACCGGCUCUGAUGUUAUUACCGAUCAAGAUUUGUUCUCGGUUUCAUCCGAAUUACAAACCAGGGAAACUAGAACUUCGACCACCACAACAAGAACAUCAAGACAAGAUAGGAAGAGAGAUGCGUUGGCUUCACUUCCACCUCCUUUGACAAGUAUGAGAGGUUUUGACUGCAUUCAAGUCAAGUCCCACCGUGAGAACGGAAGAUUGGUGAUGACGGCCAUGAAACCUCUGCCCCGCGAUAGAUGCUUACAGGACCGAAGUAAUGGCUGCGUCAGACUCGCGUUCUUGAUUGACUCUGAUGACCACAAAGAGACAGAGAUCAAAGAAGAAGAAGAAACUAUGGAGACAGAGAGAGAUAACGAAGAAGAGAUUCCAGACUACGAGGAAGAAGUUGAAGAAGAAGAAGACAACGAAGUGAUAGCUAUUGAGAGGAUUCAAAGAUCAAAUAGAUGUCAUGAAGGGGAUCGAGAAAACAGAGGAUUUCUAACUUGGGAAUCUUUAUGUGUUGCCACUUCUUAGUUUCACACAGUUUUUUUAAUUUAUUUCAUGCAUUGUGUUUUCGUUUUUUUUUUUGUUAUAAAUAACAAGCGUUUUUAUCA